AUGGAUCGCUACGACGAGAAAGGCAUGAGCGAGAAGACGUCUCCCGAGGGUUCCCUCGAGGCGGGCAGCGAAGGCCAUCCGAGGCAGACCGGUAUCAUGGCCACUCUACGCCGAUUCGAGGGCAGAAUGGACAAGGCCCUGGGCGUCGAGUCUCAUGCCAUUGAUCGCAAGACGGACGCCGACAAGAAGCCCGUCAAGUGGCACGAGGAACUGACCAUGGCUCUGCUGUGGGCGAGUGGUACCAUGGGCAUCAGCUGCUUUGCCACCGGGUUCCUCGGCUGGGAGUUUGGUCUCGACCUGAAGCGUGCCAUUCCCAUCUUCAUUUUUGGUUCCAUCCUCGGCGGUGCCGUGUCUGGGUACUGUGCCACCUUUGGUGCCGCGACCGGUCUGCGUCAAAUCUCCGUCUCCCGAUACAGCUUUGGAUGGUGGCCCAAUAAGCUCAUUGCCUUUCUCAACGGUCUGGAACAGCUUGGCUGGGCCUCUGUCGGCUCUAUUAGUGGUGGAUUGGCGCUGACUGCCGUGGCUGAUGGCCGCAUUUCGUUGGUCGUCGGCGUCAUCAUCAUCGCUGUAGUCUCUCUUCUCAUCAGCUUCCUCGGUCUGCGCUACAUUUUGAUCUACGAGCGUUACGCAUGGCUCAUCUACUUCAUCAUCUUCAUGAUCAUCUUCGGCAUGGUUGGCCCGUACGCAGACAACGUCACGCCGGCCCAGGUCACGGGUGCCGAGCUCUCUGCCAGCGCUCUCUCGCUUCUUGCCGUCGUAUAUGGAAGUUCCGCAUCAUGGGCCACCAUGGUCUCCGACUACUACGUCCAUUACCCAACCAAUGUUUCCCGACUCAAGGUUUUCAUUCUCACGACUCUUGGCAUCGCUCUCCCGACCGCCUUUGGCAUGACCGCCGGUGCCGUGGUGGCCAGCUCUCUGAACAAUCAGGCGGCUUGGGCAGACGCCUAUAAGAACGAAGGUCUUGGCUUCCUGAUCCGAGAUAUGCUGCACCCCCGCGGUUUCGCCAAGUUCCUCCUCGUCAUCUUCUCCUUCAGCGGCAUCAACACCAACAUCAUCUCUCUGUACUCUGCGGCCAUCUCGUUCCAGCAAAUGGCCCGCCCGUUUGCCAGAGUCCCCCGGUUCCUGUGGACCCUCGUCUGUUUUGCUGUUGUUAUUGGGCUGGCUCUGGGUGGUCGCAGCCAGCUUAACACCUAUUUGCAAAACUUCCUCAGCUUAUUGGGCUAUUGGUGCACGAGCUACUUUGUUAUCCUGCUUAUGGAACACACCAUCUUUAGACGUGGAGACUUUGCCAAUUACGAUCUCGAGGGUUGGAACGACCCGAGCCGCUUGCCUCUUGGCAUCGGAGCUAGCGCUGCCUUCUUGAUCGGGGUGGCCGCGUGGUGCAUGGGUAUGGUUGAGACAUGGUUUGUGGGACCUCUUGGCGGCCUCAUUGGCGAAUCUGGAGGUGAUAUCGCCAAUGAAUUGACGUUCGUGGUGACUGCUGUGGUAUACCUGCCUGCUCGCUACUUGGAGUUGAAGUUUUUUGGCCGAUAG